UGCGAUGGAAGGUAUCAGUCGUUCUCAGUGCUCAGUACGCUUUACUCAACAAACAUGAACACAUUCGUAAUCGCUCUCUUCGCCCUGAUCGCCGGAGCUUCGGCUGCCGCGGUCCGAGAAUUGGAGAAGGAAGUCCCCAUCUUGAGCCAAUUCCAGGAGAACAACGUUGACGGAUCCUUCAAAUCGGGAUUCGAGACUGGCAACGGAAUCUCACAGGAAGAGAAAGGAUACCUGGUCAACGCUGGCCAGAAGGACGAAGCCCAAGUCAUUGAGGGUUCUGCCAGGUGGACCGCCCCGGACGGCACCCCCGUCGAACUAAAAUGGCUGGCCGGACCCGAAGGUGUCCAAUUCCAGGGAACCCACCUCCCAGUCGCCCCACCAGCACCAGAAAUUCCUUUGGCAAUCCAGCGCAGCUUGGACUGGAACAAAGCUCACCCCAACGAGGAGUCCCAACCCAAGCUCCAGUAAGAACCUCCACGACGGCAGAAGCUCCAACGAUGAAGCCCAGUCAAUUUUUAACCCGAUGACUACUCUCAAUACCUGUGUUAACUACACACUCACACCUAUACUUACACAAAAACACACACACACCUACACAAAUACACACAUUUCGUAUGUUAAUUGCCUGUGAAUAAAUUCUCUUUUGACAUAGAA